AGGUAAAUCGAAUGAGGGAAGGUCGAAGGAUGUCUUCUCUCGUUUCCGUCUUUCGGAUGUAAUUUUAGCCAAGGGAAUGAUCGAUGUGUCGCAACUCUUGUCAAAACUUAACAUUUCCUGCGGCGUCAAUUUUUAAAAUUCGUUUAGAAUUCCAGUUUGAAGGACGCCCACUUAGUUAUAAUAUUUUUUCUUACGCAUUUAUAUAAAUAGAGCGAUAGAGUAAUGGAGAAAACAUGGCGCGUUAAUAACAUUAUAAUAAAUGAUCCGGAAGUAAAUUGUCUUUCAAUUUAGAAUUCGAAUUGAAUCGAGUUCUUUUAUAUUCGGAUGGAUAUAUUAUCCCAUCUGUGCGUCGUAAAAUCCUGGACCGAUACAUGUAAAUUAGCCGAUAUUAAGUUAUCUUACAUUGGACAAGAAUGUUAUAGGAUACCAGCCAUACUUGGAUUAACCUAUGGAUCUCAAGUGAAAAGAUUAGAUUUAAGUUAUAAUUCCAUUAGGACAUUAGAUGGAUUGCAGUUGUUUCCAAAUGUUGAAGAAUUAAUUUUAGAUAAUAAUGAUCUUUAUGAUGGAGUUGAAUUUUUCUAUAAUCCUAAUUUAACAACACUUUCAUUAAACAAAAACAAGUUUCAGGAUUUAGAUGGUUUAUUAGACAGUAUAAAUCAGUAUUAUCCAAAUUUAACAUAUUUAAGUUUUCUUGGAAAUCCUGCAUGUCCAGAUCAGUUAUCCAGUAAUGAUAAGGAUGAUGAUGAUUAUCAGAGGUAUAGGUAUUAUACAUUAUAUAAAUUGCCAAAGUUGAAAUUUUUAGAUUCUACUUCUGUGAAAAAUUAUGAAAGAAAAGAAGCUAAUAGAAUAGGACAAUUCAUGAAAGUAAUUAAACCUAAAGAAAAUUCACUAGAAAUGAGUGAUGAUGAUGAUACAAUUGAUGCACUAUUUUAUAAUCCGUUACCUCCAAGUCAACCUAAAGAAGGAACACACAGAGGAAUGUUUGGAACUGUAAAACAUCAUUAUACUGGAAAAAAUUCUGAAGGAAACAGAUUUAUCAGAAAUCAUGAACUGUAAUUUUGUAGAAGAAAAUUAAUUUUUUUAAUUGAGGAAUAUCAUUGCGUAUUGUAUUUUGUCGUUGCGAUACAGUAUAUGUAAAAUUUAAAUAUAUAUGAUAUUAACAUUCGAAAUUAUUAUAGAAUAAAUUUAAAUUUCUAUAAUAAAUUGUUUCGAAUGUUAAAAAUAUAUUUGUGGAACAUAAGUACGAACCCAUAGAAUUAAUUAUUUCUACUGGUUCAAAAUUUAAUUAUAAAUUAAUCUUUAUUACGAAAUAAUUUAUGUCUCAAGAUUACACAUAUAUUAUUAUUUAUAUUAAUGUAAUUAUUAAUUAUUUAAGCAAUAGUACUUUGACCAGAAUAAUCUAGCUAUAUGAUGUGACAAAGUUGCUAAAACUUCUUAAUUUUUACCACUUAUUUCAUUAAGUUUUUUGACUUUUUAAAGCAGAUUAUGAAAUAACUAAUUAUUUUACAAACUAUUCAAUUCCUCAAAUAAGUUUCAUUCUUGACAAAUUAAUAUUUUUAUAUUGUAAAUGAAAACAUAUAUCUGUAAAUAUU